CACGCCUCGCCCCCCUCGCGCCGCCCGCCACGCCGCCGCCGCCGCCGCCGCUGGAAGAUGCUGCGCAGAUGAUACCCCGCGGCCGCCAGAGCUCCGGAUCCGUCGACGGCGAGCUGUGGAAGUCACGGCAUGCGCUUCUGGUUUCGCGUCUAGAGACGACGCGCGUUUCAUCUUCUGCGUGUGCUCAACAUCUCGUCUGGAAUUGUGAGGAGUGUAGUUUUGACAGUGAUCUGGUGGCUGGAUUCCUUAUGAGGUUAACCUCUGUGCUUGUAUCACACUAGGAAGCGUUAAUGUGUUGAAAAUAGUGUAUAUCGUAAUUAAUUGAAUACAAGAGGGGCGCGGUGGUUGCUGCCUCGGCGGUGCGUGCCCAUGGGCAGGCGCCUGCCGCUGGGGGCGGCCGGCGCGCUGGGCGCCCUCUGCGCCCUGGUGCUGCUCUUCAACAGCGAGGUGCUGGUGGCGCGGCGCCGCGGCCAGCCCCACCCGGCCGCGCACCUGCUGACGUGGCGCCAGCUGGCCCAGCGGCAAGACUACGUGUACGCCUACCACGGCGGCACGGUGCGCUUCCCCAUGCUGGCGCUGGGCGCGCGCCUCGACGGCGCCUGCCCCGGCGGCCGCGCCGCGCCGCCCUACGUCACCGUCGUGGCCGGCGGCCGCCUGGGCAACCUCGUCAUGGAGUACGCCGCGGCCUGGGCGCUCGCCGAGGCCUACGGCCUGCCCGCCUACGUGCCCGACAGCCUGCUCAGGCGGCUCAAGAACGGUUACAUCAAAACCAAUCAAGCUAGAGCCAAAGGAACUGGGAAACAUUGCGUCUACGCCUUGAGAACACCUCAGUGGCUGGCCUCGUAG